CGCGCGUCGCCCUCGCCACACCUCACCUUUAAACACGAGCAGCGUUAGGAGUGAAUACGUUGGAAUACAUUUCUCUCAGUCGGGACUGUAAAACACGGAAAUAACUGUCUACACUACGAGGAGCAAGUUGUUCAAAAGGAUGGCUGGGGACAACUUUUUAAGGACACACUUGUGACGCUUGUUUUCGGAAGCAGACACAUUCCCUCAUUCAGCCCAGCCAGUUCUCAGCCGCCAUGGAUCUAGACGACGACCCGUGCCACAGUAAGGACCACAUCGACUCCACCAAGAGCCCGCUGAUCAGCGCCAUCAUGUUCGCCGCAGGCAUCUUCGGCAACGUGGCCGCCCUGGUGAUCCUGGAAAUCCGGCGAUGCAGGGACACGAGGACCGGGAACACGCGGCGGCGUUCACUGUUUCACAUCCUCAUCACGUCGCUGGUGGUCACGGACCUGGCGGGCACCUGCCUGGUCAGUCCGUUGGUGCAGCUGUCGUAUUCGCGCAACACCACCCUGGUGGGCAUGUCGCCUGAAACUCACAGCGUGUGUAAAUACUUUGGUGUCAGCAUGACCUUCUUCAGCCUGGCCACCAUGUCGCUUCUCUUCACUAUGGCGCUAGAGAGAUGCUUCGCCAUUGGUUACCCCUACCUGUACAGCCAGCACGUCACCAAGAAAUGUGCCUACAUCACAAUCCCGGUGGUGUUUCUGUUAUGUACGUUGUUCUGUCUCCUGCCGGAGAUUGCCGGAUUUGGUAAGUAUGUACAAUACUGCCCCGGCACAUGGUGCUUCAUUGACAUGAACCCAGUGGGAAAGGAGGACCGGGUCUACGCCAACCUGUACGCCACCGUUAUGCUAGUGCUGGUGCUGGCUAUCGUGGCGUGCAACGGUUUCGUGGUGUACCAGCUGUUCAAGAUGUACCAACGUCGGAGGAGGAACGGCGGCUCGGUGAUGGCGUCCACGAGAUCCAAAAGCGAGCGCAGGGCGAUGUCCAUGGCUGAGGAGGUGGAGCAUCUCAUCCUGCUGGUGUUCAUGACCAUCAUCUUCAUCAUCUGCACACUGCCCCUGGUGAUCCGGGUCUACCUAAACUCCAUAGGGGAUCGCAAGGAGUCCCACCGUCUGGACCUGAUUGCCCUCCGCUUCAUCUCCGUUAACUCCAUCAUCGACCCGUGGGUCUUCAUCCUCCUCUCCCCCAGCGUGCUGCACUUUUUCUGGGCCUCGGCCUGCCGGGCCCCCCUGGCAAUCUCCAGGGGCUCCGUGUUUAAAUCAUCGCUGGCCAAAGAGAACACUCCGCCGAACCUAGAACAGUCUCGGCCGACGCUGGAGUACACUGAGCAUUUUCACACUGAGGAAAGCGUAUGACCACAACAGUAUUUGAUUGUUUGAUAUUUCUAUUUAUUGGACAGUAUUGGAUAGUGUGUUUGACUUAGCGAUCACGUGAAGCGGAGAGGUUUCGUGGACCACGACAUUUUAUGGGUGUUUCCAUUAGAGAACGACCCCAUCCGUUUAACUGAUAUGUUUAUCAGCUCCAUCAGCUGGUGGCUGCUUCUUGCCAUUUACAUUUCCAUCCACGUCUGGCCUUUGAGCUAAGUUUAUGCAUGUUGAAUGCAUACCGGCUCCUCUAGAGCUCCAUAUUCUAAGUGUAAAAGCUCAACAUUUUGCCUCAUUUGCUGCUUCUAUUUUAUGCCGAUUAAUCAAUGAAAUGAAAAACGCUGCUGAUGGGAGCUGGCAAUAGAGAGAGAUUCAUUCAGGUUCUGUGAUGGUCUGGGACAGACAAACUGCGGGUGCUUUUGUCUAUAUUGUGUUCCACAAAGAGUUGGAGAAGCUUCUGCAAAGAAAUGUGACAGACCAGACAUUCUUCCAGGUUUUUUUAAAGCCCCUUGAUGCAAAUUAAAUUGGCGUUUACAUGUAAUUGCGCAGAGCACAGUCAAAAAAAAUCCUGCAUGGAGUCCAUAUCAGGUAAAAAGAAUAGGAACCAAGACAAACUUAAUGGCACGCCUACAAAAACAGCACAUUCAGAUCAAUUAGGAUGAUGGUGUAGUACGGUAGCUUGGUGGGGUAUUUUUACCAGAAAAUUGGACUUUUGCGACAGGAAAGCAAAGUGAUUCAUGUCUAAAGCAUAUCUAGAUAUAAUCUAGACAUGAGACAUGUUUAUACAAGUUUGAAUGAGAGCUUGAAUAUUUCAUACUAGACAUAUGGGCAUGAACAGUUCAGCUGUUAUGGGUCAUCAUCUUGAGAGCGUUAUUUCAUCACCUUUGAGCCUCUUAACCUCUGACCUGAAGCUCUGGCCCGCUUUGGUAACCUUCCCCCUCGCACUCUGACCACAUUCCUCCUGGAAAGACGUUUUGGUGGACAAGAUAGUCCAGACUUUCCCUGAACUUCAAGGACUGGGUGUGAGAGAGAGCAAACAAACACACAAACCAAAGGUUAUGUUGAUUGCAGGGCUCAUACUUCAUUUAUAGUUACAUGCACAAUAUGAAGCAAAGAUAUUUUCCAAAAAGUUCUUCAUAUGAAACUGCACUUAUUCUUCUUACAUCAUUAAGUCACAGAGAGUAAAUAUUCUUGCAUGAUCAGGUUUAUGAAAUACGAAAUGAAUGAUAGCACACGACUGGAGCAAGUAUGGUACUUUUUAAAGAGCGAGCUGCUGCCUUUGAUUCCAAAAUAACACAAGAUCAUUUUGUCAAAAUGCUUUUACUGAUCAGGUUGUCGAUAUGUUAAUUUUUGUUCUACAAGGAUAAAAGUUGAGGUUACUCUUUCUUUCCUGAAUGAAUAUAUGCUGGAGCUGAAAUUAAAGGUGCCCUGUGGCGUUUUCUUGUAAACAAACAAAGGGGUGUUUACAUUCAGGGUUACUUCCUGGGAAUGCCCACAUCCAACUGGCAGUAAUGUGCAUUUUGUCGCCGGUCUUCAUGCACGUGUCCUUGUGAGUGUGGCCAAAACGAGGCCCAUGCAUACAAAAAGUGUGAAAAAAAGUCACACGAUCCCUUUAACUGUAAUCAUUUUUUAAAAAAUGCUGUUCAAAAUGAGAUACAAUCGUUCAAUAACCUGAAAAUCUCGUUUAUAAAAUGUAAUAUUAUUAUACAGCAUAUAAUCUAAAAUGUAAAAUCAAUUAAAUCAAGCCUGUAUGUUGUUCAUAUAAAUUAACCUUUAACCCUAUAAUGCCUGACCCAAGAAAUAAUGGACAGAAAAAUCUAUUUUUUUGAAUAUCAAGACUUUAUUUGGCCCUUUAACAAUUAAAAAAAAAAUUAAAAAUUUGCAAAUAUGUCUUUUCGUUUGUAUCGUUUUGAGCAAAGUUUUUACCCCAUGGUAAUGCAAAACGUUUCACAAAUGCAUGUAUCAAAUAUGAUACCCACGGCAUUAUAGGGUUAAAGAAGACCAGGUUUUGUUUUCAAUUUGUUCCAUAAGUUCAGCUAGUAGUCAAGUCAUCUUGGGAUGGAACUCUGAGCAACUUUCUAAUUUUUUUUUACUUUCUCUUGCCAGAUACUUUGUUCUGUCACGCUGCCUGUAGGUUAUGUGGAAACUAUGAAAAGAGGGCCCUUCAUUUUUAUCCAUUAACUUUACGACUAAAAUGCCAUUUGAACUGCAUUAGUUUUACAAGGGAACAUCUCGAAAUGUUAUUUUUAUUCAGUGUGUCUUUCCAGAGGACCACCAUUCAUACCAAAUUUUCCCCAGCUGGGGAUUGAUAAAGUUGAUCUUAUCUUAUCUUUAAAGACUUCUGCUUAAUUUGCCGGAUUAUAUCCUCAUGCUGCUCAAACAAGUUCACCAGCCAAUUAAAGCAAACCCAGAAAAUGCAGGUUCGCUUUCAGGUCCACCUAUAAACAUCUAAAUCUAAAAAUAAACUCCAUUAGUCAUUUUGCAGUUAGCCUACACAGCUCAUGGGUAAUGUGAUCUGCCGCCCACCAACGUAACACAUCGUUACAUUACAGUGAUGUCAGCUCUGACCGGCUUGCUGAAAUCAGAUUCCUGGAAAAAGAUGGGAGCUUUCUUCACUUUCUUUCUUUUUUUUUUUCUUUUUUUUUUUUGCAUGCUGGUACAAGUUAAAUGUUGUUGGAUUCAUACUGGUUGAAGUUACACAACGCCAUGGGGAAUUGUAACUAUUACACCAUCACUUAACAGUGGAUCCAAUUUAAACAGGGCUCAAGUGUCUGGCAAGAAAAGAAGCUACUACCGAGUUUUUUGCAGGACCUCCGGUCAUAAAUCUGAAAAUAGAAAAACUUGCUGGUGUUAUUUGGGUUAUGCAACAGCAGGAGUCCAGUUUAAGUUGAAAGUUGAGUCUGGUUCUCAAGUGUGUAACGUGAGAAAAAAAAAAAACACAAGUUCUCAACUAUCUCAUUUUAAAGAUGCCAGAAAAUGUAUGAUCAUCAGGUAAUU